UCUUAUCCGAUUGAAGUAUUUUAUAUACCCCGAAAUAACUUUGAUCUGAAAGCGUUUCGUACGUGAUUCGUUAUACUAUCGAGUUCUUCGUUUAACACUGCUUCGCAGUGCUCUCUUCCUCUUUGAAAUCCAACAAAGAUCAAAGUUAUUCUUGAAGUUAUACUCGAAGAACUCAAAGAUGACGUGUGGCGAUUCCGUAAGAGAUUUGAGCAGCAAGUUUUCGAAGUAAGAAAAGUUUGAAGGCCAGGACUUCCGUCGAAGGCAGAAGAAGAUGCACUUCCUUCUCACAACAUUGAAGGUCGUGUAUGUACAGUGCACGACUAUGCCGCAGAUCAUGGAUGACGAUACACUAGAACAGACAAGGAAACGGUGUAAGUGGGAGAACGAUGACUACAUUUGUCGAGGACAUAUUCUAAACGGUAUGUCUGACUCUCUGUUUGAUGUAUAUCAAAAUGUUGAAUCUGUAAAGUUACUAUGGGACGGUGUAGAAGAAAAGUAUAUGGCUGAGGACGCUUCGAGCAAGAAGUUUCUCGUUAGUAACUUUAACAAUUAUAAGAUGGUCAACUCUCGACCAGUCAUGGAACAAUACAAUGAACUGUUUAGAAUCCUGGGCCAGUUUGCACAGCAUAACAUAGUAAUGGAUGAAUCCAUAUCUGUGUCUAGUAUUAUAGACAAACUGCCUCCUUCGUGGAAAGAAUGCAAACGUGAGUUAAAGCAUAACAAGGAGGAAAUGAAUCUGGUGCAACUUGGGACCCAUCUUCGGAUUGAGGAGUCCAUCCGAGAUCAAGAGGGAAAGAAGGUGAAGGAUAUAGCCGGUCCAUCGUCCAUCAACAUGGUCGAAGACGAAGGUUUCACUAAAGUGAAGAAUAAGUUUAAGGGUAAAAAACGUAAGUCCGGAAAUACACCCAAAUCUGCAAAUAAAAAGGCUAAAAUGGGUUGUUGGAAGUGUGGGAAACCAAGCCACUUCAAGCAGGAUUGUCGAAUUGGCAAGCGAGACAAGGAUACAAGCAAGAAUGGUUCCGGUCAAGGAACCAAGGACCAAAACAAAUCAGAAGACUGUAGUAUUAGCGAGUAUGUUAUUGUCAGUAGGAAAUUCGAAGCCAUCUUUGUUGUACAAAUUUCGACUCAGGAUAACUACCCCUUUUCAAAGGUCAGACUUACCUAUGGAGGAGGCAACAUUGGCCUUCAAGGAGCUGUUGCUUCAACAGUCUAUACCAAUGGUGGUAUAGUUAGAGGCUUCAUACUAGGGUACAUAGCAGCACGACAGGUCUAUGGUCCUACAUACGGUGCAGAGUACACCGUUUCCAGCAAUUACUACAAGUAUUUCGAGAAGAAUCAUGUGGUGGAGGCUUUCAUCAUACUUCCCGGAGGAAUUGAUACUAUGGAAGGUUUGUUCACCUUAAUUUCGUGGGCAUCUGAAGGGUUGCACAAUAAACUCAUUGGUCUCUUGAACAUUGACGGUUAUUUUAAUAACCUAAUCAAAUUUGUAGAUGACGCGGUGAGGCAGAACUUCAUGGCUUCCAGUCAGAGAAAACUUUUCAUCUCUUCUUUCUUUAUUGAUGAGCUUUUAGACAAGCUAGCGUUUGCUAAAGCUUUUCCGGGUCCUGGGGCUAGUUAUGACGAGUUUGUAAAUCCUGAGGCAUUGGACUUAGAGUUGCAUUUGUAAUAUUACUUUAUUUAAUUUCAGUUGAAUUUAUGUUGGAAAUAAUAUUGUUUAUGAACAUUAUGAGUUAACCAUAAAUGUUAUUCUAAGCAGCAUGGCCAGUGCAAGUCAGAAAAAUAUUUAUUUUUAACGUCAAAAUGCAUCAUGUAAAUAUCAAACAUUUUCUUCAAGAUGGGUUGAAUGAAAGAUUUUAUUAUAC